AAUCAAGACUCACAUACAAAGUGAUGUCUUAGCUCGGACAUGCUUUCUCUCUCCUCUCUGCUCUCUCUCUAUACAUUUCUAUCAAUCUCUCUUUCUCUCUCUGUGUACGCGAUCUCUAUGCGAACUCUCAAUUCCAAAGGAGAGAUAGAAAUCCUUCAAAUCUACUUCUGUAUCUCGUUUUCUUGAUUCUAGAUUUCUAGGGUUUUGGUUAUGCUCUUGCACUAACCAGAUGUUUAAUGAUUCAAGCGAUUUAUCCAAUCUAUGUAUCGAUUUGCACUGUUAAAUCACUGCUCUAGUUUACUUUGGCAACUUCAAGUUUGUGAAGUAAGUGUUUUCUUCAAGUUUGUGAAGUUUUACCUACCAAAUCUCACUCUUCCUUAAAAUCAUGAAUGGUAGCUGUGAAUUUCUUGUAAUUUCUUGUGCGGUGAACCUUCCAUUGUCCUCAAGCUGUAGAUGUUGUACAUGUGGGCGAUAACUUCUUACAAAGAGCUUUUAUGAUAGCUUUUGAUAUUGGAAAUGGGAUUACUUUAGGAGAAAUUGUCCUACAGUUCUGUAAGUCUUAAAAUUCAGAAAGCAUGCCUUCAUGGUGGGGUAAAUCAUCAUCUAAAGAAGUGAAGAAGAAAGCAAGCAAGGAAAGUUUCAUUGACACGUUACACCGAAAAUUUAAGAGUCCAACUGAGAAUAAAAUAAAUGGCAGAUCAGGAGGUUCUCGAAGACGUUGCAGUGACACAGUUUCAGAGAAAGGUUCUCAAUCUCGAGCCGAAUCAAGAUCUCCAUCACCUUCCAAACAUGUUUCAAGAAGUCAAAGUUUUGCUGAGAGGCCCCAUGCCCAACCGCUUCCCCUUCCUGGUCCGCACCCUGCAAACGUGGGGCGUACAGACUCUGGAAUCGGAAUAUCAACAAAAUCAAAAUUGGAAAAAGGCUCAAAGUCAUCCUUGUUUCUGCCUCUCCCAAAACCAGGAUGUAUCCGUAGUAGGGCAAAUCCAGCAGAUUUAGAUGGAGAUUUGGCCACUCCUUCUGUUUGUAGUGAGAGCUCCAUUGGUAGUGAUGAUCCUGCUGACUCAAGUCAUCGUAGUCCCCUGGCAACUGACUAUGAUCAUGGGCAUAGAACUACUGCAAACAGUACUUCCAGUGCAAUGCUCAAGGAUCACUCUACUGUCACCCAAAUAAACUCAAGAGAGGCAAAAAAAUCAGCUAAUAUUUCUUUUGGUAAUCAUACAUCUCCUACAUCACCCAAACGGAGACCUCUAAGCAGUCACGUGCCAAAUCUACAGGUUCCACAUCAUGGUGCUUUUUGCAGUGCCCCAGAUAGCUCUAUGUCAAGUCCUUCUAGAAGUCCAAUGAGAGCAUUUGGCACUGAACAAGUCAUAAAUUCUGCUUUCUGGGCAGGGAAGCCUUAUACAGAUGUCAAUUUACUAGGAUCUGGCCAAUGCUCUAGUCCUGGUUCAGGUUACAAUUCUGGACAUAAUUCAAUGGGAGGAGAUAUGUCAGGACAUAUAUUCUGGCAACAAAGUAGGGGUAGCCCUGAAUGUUCUCCAAUACCUAGUCCUAGAAUGACCAGCCCUGGCCCCAGCUCAAGGGUUCAGAGUGGCGCUGUGACACCAAUUCAUCCUCGAGCAGGAGGGACGACCAUUGAAUCACAGACAAGCUGGCCUGAUGAUGGAAAACAACAAAGCCACCGGUUGCCACUUCCUCCUGUAUCAGUUUCCAGCUCAUCUCCUUUUUCUCAUUCAAAUUCAGCAGCAGCAUCUCCUUCUGUGCCACGAAGUCCUGGAAGGGCAGAGAAUCCAAUAAGCCCUGGAUCACGCUGGAAAAAGGGAAAGCUGCUGGGUAGAGGCACAUUUGGACAUGUUUAUGUUGGUUUUAACAGUGAAAGUGGUGAAAUGUGUGCAAUGAAGGAAGUGACAUUAUUUUCAGAUGAUGCCAAGUCAAAGGAAAGUGCUAAGCAGUUGAAUCAGGAAAUUGCUCUAUUAAGCCGCUUACGGCAUCCAAACAUUGUGCAAUACUAUGGGUCUGAGACGGUUGGUGACAGACUUUAUAUAUACCUGGAGUAUGUAUCAGGUGGAUCCAUAUACAAAAUUCUCCAAGAGUAUGGACAAUUGGGAGAGCUAGCAAUUCGUAGUUUUACUCAGCAAAUCUUAUCAGGACUUGCAUAUCUACAUUCUAAAAGCACUGUCCAUAGAGAUAUUAAAGGAGCAAACAUACUUGUGGAUCCAAAUGGUCGUGUAAAAUUGGCAGACUUUGGGAUGGCAAAGCAUAUCACUGGACAAUCAUGUCCACUUUCAUUCAAGGGAAGCCCUUACUGGAUGGCUCCUGAGGUUAUAAAGAACUCAAAUGGUUGCAACCUUGCUGUGGAUAUAUGGAGUCUUGGAUGUACUGUUUUGGAAAUGGCUACAACAAAACCACCUUGGAGCCAGUUUGAAGGGGUCGCUGCCAUGUUUAAGAUUGGAAAUAGUAAGGAUCUGCCAGCAAUUCCAGAUCACCUCUCUGAUGAUGGAAAGGAUUUUGUGAGACAAUGCUUGCAACGCAAUCCACAACUUCGUCCUACAGCUGCCCAGCUUUUGGAACAUCGUUUUGUGAAAUCUGCUGCUCCUUUGGAAAGACCUAUUCUAGGCCCUGAGCCUACAGAUCAACCCCCAGCAGUUACAAAUGGAGUUAAAGCUCUGGGCAUUAGUCAAGCAAGAAAUUUUACCCCUUUGGAUACAGAGAGGCUCGCAGUUCAUUCAUCUAGAGUUCUGAAAACGAGUUCUCAUGCCAGUUCUAUGAUCUGUAGUGAGAUUCAUAUCCAAAGGAACAUAUCGUGUCCUGUCUCACCAAUUGGAAGCCCUCUUCCCCAUUCAAGGUCGCCACAGAGAAUGUCUCCCUCACCUAUAUCUAGCCCACGGACCCCUUCAGGUGCAUCCACUCCUCUGACAGGUGGCAGUGGUGCUAUUCCAUCUAAUCAUUUGAAACAGUCAGUUUAUUUGCAGGAGGGUUUUGGAAGCAUGCUAAAGCCCUCAAAUGGUAUCUACAUGAAUGGCCUUUCUUAUCAUGAUUCCAAUCCAGACCUUUUUCGAGGAAUGCAGCCAGGGUCUCACAUUUUCUCCGAGCUGGUUCCUUGUGAAAAUGAUGUACUUGGAAAGCAACUUGGAAGGCCUGCUCAUGGGGAACUUUAUGAUGGACAGUCAGUCUUGGCUGAUCGUGUGUCUCGGCAGCUUUUAAAGGAUCAUGUGAAGAUGAACCCAUGCCUGGACCUAAGUCCCCAUUCUCCUUUGCCAAACCGGACCAGUGGCUUCUGACUUUAUUGCAUUUAGUGCCCCACCAAUCAGAGCAAGCUUUCUAAGUUGUUGGAGAUUGAUGAAUUCACCAAAUCAACAGCUGAUGAAACUAAUGUUUGCAAUAAGUGCUUGGGAAAAGAACUGUGGAAUAAGUUUAAAAGGCCCCAAGGAAAAAGUCAGUAUCGAAUGUUCUGGCUGUAGGUGGAUGGGUCAUAGUGGCUCAGCCUUUAAUCGUAUGCAGUCAGAUCCAUAAUUGAUGAUCACGCUAAGCUAUUUGAUAAUGCUGAUUAUGGCGCUGGGUGUUCAUUUGCACCAAUGAAAGGAACUCACUUCUAGCAAAUAAGAAACUAGCUGUGUGUUAUGACGAGGCAUCAACUUAUACAAAGCAACUGCAUGAAUCAACACAAGGAAAAUCUAUUUCUUCCAGGGAGGUGUGGCUUCUGGUGGUCCAAUGUAUGGUAGUUCCUUCAGUAUGGGUAAUAUUCCAAGCAGUGAGAACUGUACAUUCUUUUAGAUCACGGUGUAGAAGGAAAACAAAGAAUGAGUCCAUGCGAUUUAGCUUUUUGGAAUACUUUUUUGGGAUCUGAGAUUGCUGUACAGUAAUAUGGAGAAUUGAACUGAGGCUAGGCUAGAAAUUUUCUUAAUGAAGAGUCCUCGAUUUGCUGGGCCUGUGCAUCUCUGUUCCACGAUGGUUAUGCUGGCUCAGAUCAACUGUCCUUGUAUAAUCUAUUCAAACUGAGUUGUUAUGUGUACAUUGCCACUUAAGUGAAUUGAAAAAAAGAAAAAAAAAAGCAUCUAAUCCAUGAUUCUGUAACA